AUGUCUCAGAAUGUGUCGGAAAGUAUAAAUUUUCGAUAUUGUGUGUUUGCAGUGAUGAGAGGGACUUUUGUGGUGCCAAUCUUAUUGAGCCAGAUGAUGUGUAAGGUAUACGAUACAGGAUAUUCUUCAUUUGAGCCUGUUGUUGAUGAGGCAGCACUGAAUAAUGUGGGAAUCCCGUUCCUGACCGGGCCUUCACAGAGUGGAAUUAAUAUGCUGAAGGACCCUAUGAUGGUGGAUAUCUACGGCAGCUAUGACAAGUAUGGCGGGUAUCCACCAUCAGCAGGUAUGAAUGCAGUGAAUCCGAUUGCAAACAUGGAAGGAGUGUUUUUUGACAAUCUGUAUAAAUCCAUGGCACCCAUAAUAGCGCAUUUUAGUGAUAAGAUUGGGCAGUUCCGUACGUGGUAUCAAUCUGUUGAAGUUAUAAUGAGCAGCGACAUGAGAAGAGAGAUUGUUUCUAGUAUGUAUGCAAUUCAUCACAAAGAAAACGACAAUGAGCUGGAGGAGUUCUGGGCAAUGAUUCUUGGGCAGCUGCUGUUGAAUACAAUGCCUUCGUUGAAUGAGGAUUUUAACAAGCUAAAGCUGAUGGUGAAUGUAGAAAGGGCAGAGGGAAAUGAUGACAAGUAUGAGUUUAAUGAGCUUCUGAAGGCACAGACCGAGAACGAUGUGGAGUAUGUCAAGGAAUCAGGAUUGGUUAUGACGAACCUUGAGCUUGGGAUAUCGAAGUAUGGCAUGAAGAUAUUCACUGAUGUUGUGGAGCCGUUUUUGAACUCAGCAGUUGAUUUCAAGAGGUUGAAGAGAAGAAUGGAAAACAUGGUGGGAACAUCCAAAAGCUUAAUAAUAAACUGA